GGAGAUUAAGAAUCUCAAGAAGAUGUGGCAUGAGGAUGCAAAGGCCAAUGAGAAAGUUGUGGGGAUCUUUGCUACACAGGAGCAUAGUUGGUUGCAUGAAAGGCGAAAACUUCGGCAGCACAUUGGGGCUCUGAUGAAUGAGCUGAGAGUGUUUGAAAAGAAAAAGGAUGAGGCUGUCUCUGAAAUGAGCCAAAAAUUGAAGGAAAUAGAGGAUUUGCUGGAGUCCAGGGACAAAGUGAUUCAAGAAGGGGAGCAGAAGAGGAAGGAGUUGGAGGAAAAUCUUGCAAAGGCUGAAAGGGAAGCAGAAGAAUUGAGAGAAUCUGUUAAGCUUGAAGCUCAGGAACACUCCUCUGAUCUCAGGAAGCACAAAACUGCCUUCAUUGAGCUGGUGUCAAACCAACGGCAGCUAGAAGCGAAGCUUGGCCGCGCCAUGAAGCAGUUGGAGGCUGCAAAGCAGGAGCUCGGUUCAGUCUUGGAGAAGAAGGAGGAGUCAGAAUUGUUGGCCCAAAAAUUGUCUAUUGAGAUUGUAUUUUGGUUGAACUUUUGCAUUUGUGUCUUUAUGCAUCCGACAUGUUCGAUGAAAUGCUUCAUCCAUCUAAGGAAAUCAAGGGUAAAUUCAACUCCGGUAAAUCAACGGUGAUUAAUGCACUUCUUGGGGAAAGAUACCUGAAAGAGGGAGUUGUUCCAACUACUAAUGAGAAAGAAGUAAUUCGAUGACAAUUGUUGAUACGCUUGGAACUAAUGUGAUUCUUCAGAGGCAACAACGUCUCACAGAGGAAUUCGUACCACGCGCUGACUUGUGACACAAGAUUGCCGAUAUGCCAAGCAGGACUUAGCUGCAGUGAAUGGUAUUGUCAAUAGUGUAAAUGAUUUUGCAAUGGAUAUGGAAACCGAGAGCCUUUCUUGGAGGAGACAAACUUCUUCUUUGAUUGAGACUACAAAAUCACGUGCUAUGGAGCUCAUUGAAUCUACUUUACUAUUGUCAAAUCUUGAUAUUGUCAAAUCUCUUACCAAUUUGCCGUAGGAGUUAAGGCUGUGACAUCCUUUUCUUCAAAUUCCAGCUUUCUCACAAGCUGAUAUCAUCCCUCAAGCUUCACUUGGUCCAAUAAUAA